AUGUAUUUACACCUGCCGUUCAUAACUGCGUUUCUUGUAUCUUUUGCCUCUGCUCAAUCUGAUGUACUAGCAACUAUUGGAGAUGGACCAGGGCCUUGGCAAAAUGCCUCCUACUUUAAAAAAUAUAAUCAAUCCCCUAACGCUACCGGAAGCGGCCAUUUAUAUGGCGUCAAUACGUCUUUGGCUCCCUCUACAGAUCAGAUAGUGAGCUGGGAUACAAGAAUCAAUGUCACCGAAGUUCCAUGGACUGGCAACCAAACUGUGACGAAUACAGUAAUCUCAUUCGAUACAAAAAAUAAUAUUUUUCCCCCCAAUUCCUCAUGGGAAACAUGCAUGAUUCUAUUCUCAGACCUACCAAGACAUGUGACGGUCAAAGGCCAAAAUGACCCAGGAGAUUGCACGAAGUUGUAUAGCAAAGAAUGCAUAUCGGAUUUCAAUAGGGCGAUCUUAUUUGCGAGGCAAUCAGCUACAAAUAAUAAUAGCACUGGUCCCUGUGGAGGUAUCUCUCUGCUUGACAUCGUACCAAAGAAUUGUGAAGGAUCAAUAGGUGGUGAAUUCAUUACUGCAAACGUCAUAUCAAAUAAAACUGAUGGGUCAGCCUGGAUGUACAAGUCCAGCAAUCCCCACGAUUCCACCGAUUUAACCUUUUACGAAAAGGCAGUCACCCAAAUAUGGCCAAUGCUGAUAAUGCAAAGUCCGAACCCGGAUUUUCAAGGAACUGGAGUAAGCUUUUCCAACUUGAGUUGUUUGAGAGCGAAAAACAUAUCUAGUGGGAGUGAAGACGUCAAGAAUGUUCCUGCAGCGGGUAGUAGAAUGGUUCUUGGUGGAUGGACAUUAUUCGUCGUAAUGAGUGCUAUGAGUCUGUUGUUGUAA